UUACCAAGUUAUUACCAGCAGGAAAUUGAGUGAGCUCAAACUACAGAGUUAAGAUCAAUACGUUUUUUCUAUAUCCAUACCUUGAAAAGGCUUCUGACCAGUUUCAGAUGAGUGGCUCAAAACUACCAGAGCUCUUGGCUCCACCUUAAUUCCUCUCAUUCUUGCAGUUUCAACAUAUCAUUCAGAAGUGUUGCUUCAAAUCGACACAGACAUAAACAGAGACAGACCAGUAAGACAGAUACCUUCAGAAUCUCAGCUGCAUCAUGAAGGAAAACUUUGAGCCCACAGUGAAAUUAAAGCUGGUGAAUGUAGCCAGCUCCACGGCACAAUCCCAGGGCAAACCAAAGCAGAGAGAACAGUGGGCCAGUAAGGUGGAGUUUUUUCUGGCGGUUGCAGGACAUAUCAUUGGUCUGGGAAAUGUGUGGAGGUUUCCUUAUCUGUGUUACAAAAACGGAGGGGGAGCUUUCUUUGUGCCAUACAUACUGUUCCUAUUUUCCUGUGGCAUACCUCUCUUCUUCUUGGAAACAUCACUGGGCCAGUACACUAGCCAGGGUGGCAUCACAUGCUGGAGGAAAAUUUGCCCUCUAUUUGAAGGACUGGGCUAUGGUAGCCAGAUUGUGAUCCUGUACACUGGAGUUUAUUACAUCAUUAUUCUGGCCUGGGCAUUUCUCUACCUGUUCUUCUCAUUCAGCUCAGAGCUCCCAUGGGCUAACUGCAAGAAUAGCUGGAAUACAGAGUCCUGCAUGGAAUUCAGCAAGAACAACAUGACUGAUAAUAUUACAGACAAAAUUACAUCCCCAGUUGUGGAAUUCUGGGAGAAAAGGAUUCUGGGUUUGUCUGGUGGCAUAGAAGAAAUGGGUAAUGUGAGGUGGGAGCUGGCUCUGUGUCUCCUGUUGGCCUGGACCAUUUGCUACUUCUGUGUGUUUAAUGGUGUGAAGUCUACAGGCAAGGUGGUCUAUUUCACUGCUACCUUUCCUUACUUGAUGUUGAUGGUGCUCUUGGUGCGUGGACUGACGCUGCCUGGGGCAAUUAGCGGAAUCACAUUUUAUCUCUACCCAGAUCCUUCUCGCCUCACAGACCCACAGGUGUGGAUGGAUGCAGGUAGCCAGAUAUUUUACUCCUAUGGAGUUUGCACAGGGACUCUGACAGCUUUAGGAAGCUAUAAUAAAUAUGACAACAACUGUUACAGAGACUGCAUGUACUUGUGCUUGUUAAACAGUAUGACUAGCUUUGUGGCUGGAUUUGCUAUUUUUUCUGUGUUGGGCUUCAUGGCUGAUGAACAGGGAAUGGACAUUUCAAUGGUGGCAGAGUCAGGCCCUGGGCUGGCAUUUAUUGCUUACCCACGUGCAGUGGCCUUGAUGCCUUUCCCUCAGUUAUGGGCAGUUUUCUUCUUCAUUAUGAUCCUUUUCCUUGGACUAGAUAGUGAGUUUGUAUAUCAUGAAGCCAUGGUAACAGCAAUCUCAGAUAUGUACCCCUUGUUCUUCCAAAAUGGACACCGACGUAAAAUCCUACUUCUCCUAAUCUGUAUAGUCAGCUUCCUUGUUGGUCUGCUGAUGGUAACAGAGGGCGGGCUGUAUGUCUUCUUGUUAUUUGAUUAUUAUGCUUGCAGUGGAAUGACUUUGCUGGCCUUUGCCAUUCUUCAGUCCAUCUGUGUUGGAUGGGUUUAUGGUGCAGACCGUCUGUAUGACAACAUUGAAGACAUGAUUGGUUUUCGUCCUUGGCCCCAUAUGAAGUUCUGCUGGAAAUAUGUGACCCCUGUUAUUUGCAUAGGGACAUUUGUCUUCUCCUUGGUUAAAUACACUCCUCUGAAGUUGAAUAACCUAUAUGAGUACCCCUGGUGGGGUUACGCUCUCGGGGGAUUCUUCACACUCUCCUCUACCAUGUUGGUCCCUUUAUGGAUGGUAUAUGCAUUUUACAAGACCCCUGGCUCAAUAAGUCAGGUAAAUCUCCAUAACAGUAGAAACAAAGAGUGAGCAAUUUUAUUUUGGGAAAAAAUGGGCUACAUUGUUACUGAAGGAUAAUUAUUACAUAUAAAUUAAUAUUAAAUGUUAGGAAUUUAUUUUGUUGCUAUCUUUUAUUGAUUGUCUUUAAAAAAAAAAAAAAAAGACUUUCAACAAGCUGUCUGGCUAUUCAUGAUUUUCAAUUCAUGAUUUAAGAUUUCAUGAUUUUCAGAAUUUUCAUUUUACUAAUGCGUAUAUAUAUAUAAGAUAUAUAAUAUAUUGGUAUAUGAUAGUUUUAUGCUUUUAAAACUAAUGAAUGAAAAACGUAUAUAUUUCCAGAGAAUGAAAACUCUGUGUACUCCUGCUGAAGAUCUGCCUAAUCCUAAAUCACCCAAAGGUGUCCGCACCUUUUGCACUUUUGAGACCUUUACAGAUCUGCAGAC